AUGGCCGGCUCAACCAAGUACCUCCGCUACAUUCUGUUCGCCUUUGUGGCCAUUGUCGUCAUCUUCUUCAUCUCCUCGUCCUCGCAGGUUCCCGGCGGCACUCACCUCCAAUCCGCCGCCGAGGUGCUGAAGGCCCAGGGAUUGUUCAAAGGCACCCACGACACUGCCACCUCCAACACGGGCAAUGCAUUCGUGCAAGAUCCACCAAAAGAUGAGAAGAUCGCCGUGCCGCAGCACAAUCUCCCCGUCUCCCACGAUACCUCGCCCAAACCCGAUGCGGGCACGAGCCAGAGCCUGCUGCCUGCUGUCAAGGCCCCGGGUGCGCGCAUGAACGCGACUUUCGUGACACUUGCGCGAAACUCCGACGUGUGGGAGAUCUCGCGCAGUAUCCGACAGGUCGAGGACCGCUUCAACCGGAAUUACAACUACGACUGGGUCUUCCUCAACGACGCCGAAUUCGAUGACCAGUUCAAAAAGGUCACCACUGCUCUCACCUCUGGCAAAGCAAAGUACGGCAAGAUUGAUUCGGCGCAUUGGGGAUUCCCUGAUUUCAUCGACCAGGAAAAGGCGAAGAAGGUGCGCGAGGACAUGAAGGAGCGCAAGAUCAUCUACGGCGACAGCAUCAGCUACAGGCACAUGUGCCGUUACGAGUCGGGCUUUUUCUUCCGCCACCCUCUUCUGCUCGAGUACGAGUGGUACUGGCGCGUGGAGCCCUCGAUUGAGCUGUACUGUGAUGUGGGCUACGACCCCUUCAAAUUCAUGGCAGACAACAAGAAAAAGUACAGCUUCGUGCUUUCUCUCUACGAGUAUGUGGAGACUAUUCCAACCCUCUGGGACAGCGUGAAGAAAUUCAUGAAGCAGCACCCGGAGCACAUCGCAGAGGACAACAGCAUGGCGUGGCUCUCAGACGAUGGUGGCGAGACCUACAACCACUGCCAUUUCUGGUCCAACUUUGAGAUUGGCAAUUUGGAUUGGCUGCGAAGCCCGGCAUACAUCGACUACUUUGAGCAGUUGGACAAAGAUGGCGGUUUCUUCUACGAGCGCUGGGGCGAUGCGCCAGUGCACUCCAUUGCAGCAGCACUGAUGCUGAAGAAGGACGAGAUUCACUUCUUCAAUGACAUUGCGUACUACCACGUGCCAUUCACCCACUGUCCGACUGGCGAGCAAAUCAGGCUCGACAACAAAUGCCACUGUAACCCCAAAGACAACUUUGACUGGAAUGGUUACUCUUGCACUAAACGCUGGUACGAAAUGAACAAGACGCCCAUGCCUGCCGGUUYCGAGAAGGAACAGUGA